AUGGGCGGUUUACACAAUUUCAGCCCUUUCGAAAUAAGCGCUCCUCAUCUAUUCUACGCAAUCAUGGGUGCAUAUGUCGGUAUCUUCAUGAUGUUCUCCCUCUUCGUCAAGGAGAGGCUUUAUAUUGGUGAAGCAGUCGUCAGUACCAUCUUCGGUAUUAUCAUCGGACCUUACGCUGGAAAUGGACUAAAUUUCAGAACCUGGGGAUCAUCUGGCCCCGGCGAAGCAGACGAAGAAAUCACCAACGAAAUCAUACUCGAACUCACCAGAGUAGUCCUUGCUUUGGGUGUAUUCGCUAUUGGUGUCGAACUGCCAAAGCAAUACAUGAAAAAACAUUGGAAAUCCAUCUUCAUGCUCCUUUGCCCGAUUAUGGCCUUCGGUUGGGUCAUUUCAGCUGCGUUCAUCUACGCACUUAUACCGGAUCUCUCUUACAUUUCCUCACUCACCAUUUCCGCAACUCUCACACCAACUGACCCUAUUUUGGCCGCUGCUGUCAUCGGUGGUAAAUUCGCCCAAAAGCAUGUUCCAUCGCACACUAGACACUUGCUAUUCGCAGAAUCAGGUUGCAAUGAUGGUGCUGCUUUCCCUUUCCUAUACAUUGGCAUUUACCUUCUCCUAUCACCAUCAGACGUUCCAUACGCUGUCGAAGAAUGGUUCCUGGCUACCUGGUUUUAUGAAGUAGCUCUUGGUAUCGUUAUCGGUGCCGUUAUAGGUUACUGUGCGCGCAAGUUGAUGAAGUUCUGUGAAGGACGCAAUCUCAUCGAUCGUCAAUCUUUCGUCGCUCAAUACGUAGCUCUCACUCUAUUUACUAUCGGUAUCUCAUUGAUUAUAGGCUCCGACGAUCUCUUAUCUUCAUUCGCUUGCGGUACUGCUUUCGCUUGGGACGGUUUCUUCAACAAGGCUACUGAAGAGUCUCACUUCUCUUCAAUUCUGGAUUUGUUGUUUAACAUUGCUACCUUCAUUUUUAUUGGUGCUAUGGCGCCAUUCGAUUCCUUUAAUGAUCCUUCAUUAGGUGGUAUAACCAACUGGAGAUUAGUAAUUAUGGCACUCCUCAUUUUGUUAUUCCGUCGUUUACCACCUAUGUUGGCAUUAUAUAAAUGGAUCCCAGAUGUGAAGACGUUCAGAGAAGCCUGCUUUGCUGGUUGGUUUGGUCCUAUGGGUGUCGGAGGUAUCUUCAUCUCUACAUUGGCCCUCACUGAACUGCCAUAUCCUCAAGGCGAACCACAGAAUCAAGCAGAGCUGGUAGCUAUAACUAUGCAUCCGAUUGUUUGGUUCAUGGUUCUAGUUUCUACUUUCAUCCACGGUCUCUCUAUACCAUUCUUCUCACUUGGUAAACGUGUCAACACAUUUCGACGGUCAAGCACAUUCGGUAACACGUUCUCACGUGCGUCUAUUACUGACGGUAAUGACUGGAUGCACCGUAUGCAACAAAUUGUGCCAGGGCAAGAUAUCGUUAUCAACAGGGAUGAUGAGGCUGAGAAGGGCAGCUUAACUCAGACUUCAAGUUCUCAGCAGCGGAAGGAAAGCGAAAACCCGAAGAUGGAGGAGGUGCAAAGGGCAUUAGACGAUCCUAACCCAGAAGUACAAGCGUGGAUUGAGGGUAGAAACAUCGUCAUAGAGAGGCCAAAUGGGCCAGACGAUAAUGACACUAACGUGACCGUCUUCGAGAACGCUGUAACGAAUGACGUGAAGCCUGAAGGGAGAAAGAGCAUAUUAGCAUCCGUUGCAUUGGAGAUUGAGCAAGAGUUUAAGCAUAAGUUUGUCACACCAAUCACACAUUUGAAUAAGGGUCCUGAACACAACGGAACCGAUGCUAUUCGCUUUUCCGUAAACCACAACCCAGGCUCGAGGGAGUGGCUGAACUCGAAAUUGUUCCCUCACCAUCAUGCUCAUUCACAUGAGCAGCCGACGAGACCACCACAGACGUAUAAACCACCAUCAGCUAAAGAAAGCUUCAACGAAGAAAGUAUAAAUAAGCAAACGGGACAAACAGAUACAAACCCGGAGCACAAUUCCGAAGGUGCAGGAAUUAGAUUUAUAGAUGAGGAGGACCCUCAUGUACAUGAACCUCACAUACACCCGGCCGAUAGGGAAGACUAA